AUGGAUCCAAGCAUAACCAACCCACAGUUUUUCUUUGGUCGAGGAGACGGCAAAAUUGUAUCUCUCCCUGUAAAGUCAUUGUUGGAAAGCCCAUCAGAACCUACUGAAGCGGUUGAGUUCACCAUGGAACAUAAUUUUCGUGUUCUUGGUUCAUGCAAUGGGUUGGUGUGUCUGUUGGACGUCGAUGAAGGUUAUUUUAUACUGUGGAACCCUUCAACCAGAUUCAAAUCCAAUAAAUCUCCAUCCCUGAAUUUAUUAUUUGAAAAAUGGGGUAUAGCAUAUUAUGGUUUUGGCUAUGACCAUGUUAAUGACAAGUACAAGGUGCUACUAGAUGUACGUCCUCACGGUAAUAGUAAUAAUCACAAUGUGAGACUUUAUACUUUUGGAGAAAAUUCUUGGACAACUAUCCCGAAUUUUCCUUGUCCUCCCACUAGAUUCACAGAAAAAUUUGUGAGUGGCACUCUAAAUUGGGUAAUACUUAGAUGGGUGGGUGAUUAUAUACAAACUAGGAUUCUUUCCUUUGAUCUUGCGGAGGAGACUUAUACCGAAAUAUUACUGCCUCAAAAUCAUAAACAUGAUGGUUGCAGGGACGCCAAACCUAAGCUCGGCGUUUUGGAUAACUGUCUUUGUCUGUCUUUUGACACUGGAACUCAUUUGGUUCUGUGGUUAAUGAAGGAAUAUGGAGUUGCUGAAUCAUGGACUAGACGGACGAUGAUCCCUGCAGAGCAUUUACAGAAACCUGGAGAACAAGGGCUAUAUUAUGUCAUUGAACCGUUGUUCAUUUUUGAAAAUAGCAUUGUUCUGCUGAGAACAAUCAGUGCAUUUCUCUUGUAUGACUUAAUUAAUGGUACCAUGAAUAUUCCUUUUAUUUCCACCUCGAUUAAUAGGAAUCAAUUUCUUUACCUGGAGAGUCUCGUCUCGCCGCAAUUGUAA